AUGAGUUACGAUUGUGAGACGUGUGACCGUGAGUUCUACUCGUGGCGAGCAGCGCAACAACACAUGGAUGCAUUGAAUCACCAUGGCUGCGGAUCGUCCAGCUCGGAAGACGAGGAUGGGUUUGAGUGCGAUAGGUGCAGCCGUACCUUCAUAUCAUGGGACUCCUGCAGACAGCACAUGAACGCGAUGGCCCACUGGUUCACCGAUUUGUGCGAGACUUGCGGUAGGCGGUUUGUUAAUGCUAACGUGGCAGAGCAGCACAUGGGCGCUCUCGGACACUUGUCUUGCUCUGCUUGCGAUCGUUACUUUCAACGCAAUGCCGAUCUCACUCAGCACACGAACUUUUCGAUCCAUCGCAAUCUCGCAGCUCCUGUCCCCAAUAUCCAACCCCCGUCCACACCAGCGCCAGUGUUGGCACCCCAGAUCACAACGUAUCACACUCCUUCAGCACCAGUAUUGACACCUCAUGUCACUGCCAAUCCCAAUCCUCCAGCCUCCAGUCGUUCAUCUCUUCUGCCCGCUUUACCUCUCGUCACACCAGAAGCUGCUGCAAACCCACCGACUUUCGUUGCUCCUGCUCCUGCACGGCCGCUGCAAAUCACUCGGCCGCCACUUCCUGCUCCAGUCACUCUCUAUAUUCCGCCGGUUCCGCCAAAUAUAUCCACUGGCACUAUUACGGGUUUUCAACGGAGCGACGUCACUCCACCACCUGUCUUUACAUCGGCUAUCCUUCCUACUCCACCUGUUCAGCCAAAAUUGCUCAUCGCCACUGCUCCCAACUUCCACUUGGGCGAUAUCACUCCACCACCUACACCCGCACCAGCUCUUACCUUCGAAUCCUCCGAUUUACCGUCGUGGCCUGUCGCUAGGCUUGUCGGCGCUCGACCAGUGGGGCCUGCACCCAUCCCGCUGUCCGUAUCUGUCCCUGUUGAUGUCUUUCAAUCGACCAUCGUUCCUGAUCCCACAGCUCGAACUCUUCCUCAGGUCUCCAUCUUCACGCCCCCUUUGGACAUCGCAUCCAGUCCAGCGGCAGAAAAUAUCUUUCUCCCGACCGUGGCUGCCACUUCAACCGUUGUAUUGAGUCCCAAAGUCGACACCCUUCCUUUGGAUUCAACUGUUGUCUCUACAUCGACCAUCGUAUCCGGGCCAAUAGUUGAUACUGUUCCUCUGCUACCGACCGUCAUCACUUCUUCAACAAUCGAAUCAGGUCCAACGGUGGAAACUACUCCCGUCGCCCCGACUGAUGUCUCUAAUCUUGCUAUCGUAUCUGGUUCUACGGUUGACACCACCCCUGGCAUUUCGAUCGUUGUCCAAUACAUUACUUGCGAUGGAUUCACCCAGACGCAGAACAGCGUAGUCUGGUCGAGAAGCGAGAUCAAGUCUCAACAGACAGAACCUUACACGACACAAACCUGUCCAUACUUUACAAGAAGUGAGAUCAGAUCACAGCACACUGUGCCGACCGAUCUCGUGAGUCUUGAUAGGCGCCCAUCCUUCUCGUGGAGUCAGAUUGUUUCACAGCAUAUAGACCCGCGUGGACCACCGGAAAAAACCAUCGCCUGUAAGUUCUGCCGGGGCACUUUUGAGGCCUUUUCCGAGUGUGCUCAGCACCUGGAAACCUCAUCAUGUCCAGUCCGUCCAGGCAUCACUCGCAUGACCAUGCAUCGGUGUCUUCGGGGAAUGGAUCAGACUGGUAAAUACUGCAUACACGCAUUACAAUACAGAGGUAUUCUGUUAUAUAUCUGCCCUAACAAGACCGGAAACUGCGGAGCCAGGCCUCUGCCCUCGCUCGCCGCGCUACUGAGUCACCUCGAAGGGGAGAGCUGCAGUUCCCGCGAGUUGUCCAAUUCGCGUGAAGUGGCCGAUAGCUUUGUGAAUCUGGUCUUUGGAAGCCCUAUAAAAGCUAACCGAAGACUAAGGCAUUAA